CUCCAAUAUGUUUUUAUCUACCCACCUAAGUUUAUUGGAACCAGUCAACAGUAGCCUAGAUAACAAAUGAUGGCAUCUGCAGCUUCAUAUCCGCUUAAGUCCCUCCGUGUUUGUUGUGGGACAACUAAUGCGUCCGUUCCAACCGGCGUUGCUGCAUAUAAAAGUCGUAGUUCCACUCAUAUUCAUCUUACCAAACUCCGAAUUCAGCCCAUGUUUAAGUUUUUAGCUGGGUUAGGAAAAAACAGAAGUGGGUCGGCGUUUGCUUCAACUGGUUCUGAUUCGAUGGCUGUACAGAAGUCAGAGGACGAGUGGCGCGCGAUUCUUUCUCCAGAGCAAUUUCGCAUUUUGAGACAAAAGGGCACUGAGUUCCCAAACACUGGAGAAUACAACAAAUUUUAUGGAGAGGGAACAUACACAUGUGGUGGUUGUGGCACACCAUUAUACAAAUCCUCAACUAAAUUUGAUUCAGGGUGUGGCUGGCCAGCUUUCUUUGAAGGUCUUCCUGGAGCCAUCAAACGCACUUCUGAUCCAGAUGGGCGUCGUGUUGAAAUAACAUGUGCUGCUUGUGGUGGCCACCUGGGUCAUGUGUUCAAAGGAGAGGGUUUUCCAACGCCAACAGAUGAAAGGCAUUGUGUCAACAGUAUUUCAAUUAAGUUUACUCCUGCAAAUGAGUAAAUCUCUCUAGUUUGUUGCCAGACUACUAUUAGAAGCAUGUAUACUUGAUAUAAUUAUAUAAUACCCGUGUAAUAAGUUAUGAGGUACACAUUAGCCAGGUUAUAGUCUAUAUUUGUCGGCCAUCAAAUUUCUUGACAAUGGCUUGCUCCUCAGACCACUUACACAUAUACUGGUUGUCAAGUUGGUGUUAAAUCGGAUUGAGUCAGUAUCUAUUAUUUGACUGCCUAUGCUUUAUUGCUUUUCAUCUACAAUCAUACUAUAGCAGUGGGUACUUCUUGGUUUGAUUACAAAUAAUAAUUUAAAUGUUGUACGA